AUGUCCUCGGAUUAUGAGGAGGAUAGCGAUGUGAUUCCGCCGCAUUUCGGCUCCCGCCCCGGGUUCGACACCCCGACUCUCGCCCUCGCGGCCUUGCCUGCUCCACACUCGUACCUCCCCGGAGUCGAUGAUGACCCAAACGACAAUGAUUCGGCCUACGGCGAAGAUUCCUUAUUGCGCGACGACACGAAGACGCUAUCAUCGUAUAUCACCGAGUAUCGAUAUGAGUUUGGACGGCGGUACCACGCUUUUCGGGAUGGUGCUUACUGGGGACCAAAUGAUGAUGUCGCGAAUGAGCAACAGGACCUUGCGCACCACAUGUAUACCGUGACCUUGGACGGAAAGCUGCAUCUUGCCCCGCUCCACCAGCCACAGGAAAUUCUUGAUGUGGGUACGGGGACUGGGAUAUGGGCUAUGUGUGUCAAUGGAAACUUGCGUAUUUUGUUUUUCGGAUGUGCGAAGCUGACCGCUAGUCUUAGCGAUAUGGCCGACGAAUACCCUAGCGCCCGAGUGACUGGAGUGGACCUGUCACCGAUUCAACCGUCGUUCGUACCGCCAAAUUGUACAUUCGAAAUUGAUGAUAUGACCAUGCCAUGGACGUAUUCACCGGAAAGAUUUGAUUUUAUUCAUGUCCGCGAGUUAUUUGGCUCCAUCCCUGACUGGGAUGAAUUCUUUCGGCAAUGUUAUCGAGCGCUAAAGCCAGGAGGCUAUAUUGAAGUCGUGGAACAUUCAGUUAGUCCGGUGGUCGACGAUGCCACGAUGGGUCCUGAUCAUUUCUUUCGAACCUGGGGGGAAACCGUUAUACAAGCUGGAGAUCGAUUCGGCAAAAGCUUUUCGAUAUGGGAAGAGAGCGCCGCGCGAUUAAAGGCGGCCGGGUUCGAAGACGUUGUGGAACACUCUUACAAAUGGCCGAUGAACGGGUGGAGCGAUGACCCAAAGCUGCAUGAGCUGGGACGGUGGAACGAAUACCGACUUCAUGGCGGGAUAGAGGGGUUCAUGCUACGACUUCUCACCACGACAUUAGAGUGGCCGUACGUGCAGGCUCAAGUCUUCCUGGCGCAGAUGCGCGCAUCUCUUCGCGACUAUCGAAUACAUGCCUACCUCCCCGUUACUGUGGCCGUCGGCCGAAAGCCUCUUGGAAAAUCUUCUGUACUAGAGUCAUGA